AAGAAAUGAGAUCAUGUUUCGUUUCAGGAAGAUGUAUGCUUCAGCAGACAGAGAGAGGUUCAAGAGCAUGUCACCUACGUUGUAAAUAACGUCACCUACGUCAUUAAUAACAUCAAGAGCUUGGAUUUGAAUCACGGUUUUCUUAUUGCAUCUCAAAUGCUCUUUCCAUGACAUGCUACUCAUACUCCAUACGUGCAUACCUGCCAUUUGCACCCUGUAUGAAGCAAGUUUGUGAAAUGAGCAUAAGGAAAGAGUAUCAUCGUGACUGAGCCGGAAAAACAAUGAGAUAGCUUCAUCCAGCUCCUAUAGAAAAGGAUCGUAUUAAGUAGGAAAAUUCCUAUCAUCUUUCAUAUCAUCAUCUAAGGAGAUAUUUGGAGCAGAGUCAAUCCUCUAAGUUACAUAAAAUAAAGAAUGGCAUACUGUUGGAAAACAGAUCUAAAUCCCAGUGAAUCACAUGAAAAGCAGCAAAAGCACCAAGAAUUUCACUCUGUAAAUCAACCUCUUUUUCCUAGCCAAGCCAGUCUUGGUUUUGAUUGUGUAGUAGAUGAGAUCAGUAAUAAAAUCCCACUCUAUCAGAGAGAAAUUGAAGAAAACACCAUUUUUGUGCCCAGUGCACCACACUGGGACUCAGAGAGGCAUUUAUUAGAUGAAACACACCAACCAUCCUCGAAUGAAUUCACGUCUAAAAGCUCAGAACUCUCCUGUCACCAAGUUAGUAAAACAGCAGUAAUUGGUUUUAGGCAUUCUGUGCUACCAAGUCCUCAAAACAUAAAUAAAGAAAGCUUUUGGGGAAACCCCAGAGGAAAAUACCAUGGUGCUGAUGAUUACGGAUUCAAUAUUUUACUUCCAUCAUCUACUAGUCUGCAUAAAAUUAAUUCACAGAGUGAACUGGAAAAUGAAAAUCAUAACUACCAUAUAGGAUUUGAAAGUAACAUUCCUCCUAUAUAUCCAUCCUUAUCAACUGACUUGAUGCCAAAAGAAGAAAGUAAAAGCAAUAUAAAUAUGAACAUUGUGGAACCUUCUCUGAUGCUCUUUAAAGGUUCUUUUCCACCCAGGACAUGGGAAAGUACAUGGCCAAAGAACAUAGAGCUGACAAGUUGUUCCAUUCAGCUGGUUGAAGUACCUCAGGGCAGUAAUGUGAGUCUGGCCUCCUUUUGCAACAAAGUGAAAAAAAUAAGAGAAACGUAUCAUGCCUCUGACAUCAAUUCCAAUUCCGGGAAGAUCUGGAGCACGACUACAGCAUUUCCAUAUACGCUCUUUUCUAAUACUAAGUUUAAUAUAAAUAUUUUUACUGAUAACUCAACGCAACGACUUCAUUUUACACCAUAUGCUAAUUAUCUUGUCAAAGACCUAAUUGCAGAAAUUCUACAUUUUUGUCCAAAUGACCAGUUAUCACCUGAAAAUCAUCUUCUAAGUAUAUGUGGCUAUGAAGAAUAUUUACAACAUGAUUACUAUUUGGGAAGCCACAGGAUAUUUCAGAAAAAUAAAUCUGUUAUUCAACUUAAUCUACAGAAAAAUAGGGAAUCUCCAGGAAACUUAUCUCGAAAGCAUGAAGAUGACCACAGUCAGUUUUAUCUGAACCAACUUCUAGAAUUUAUGCAUAUUUGGAAAGUAUCCAGACAAUGUCUCUCAACAGUAAUCAAAAAAUAUGACUCCCACCUGAACUGCCUAUUGAAAACCCAGCAAAAUGUGGAUAAUAUUAUCGAAGAAGUUAAAAAUAUAUGUGGUGUUCUGGGAUGUGUGGAGACCAAACAAAUUACAGAUGCUGUAAAUGAACUCAAACUUAUUCUUCAGAGAGAAGCAGAGAAAUUUCAUCAAAAUUCAGAAACUUCAGCAAAAGGUUUGAUAGAAAAAGUGACAACUGAACUAUCCACCUCCAUCUACCAGCUAAUUGAUAUCUAUUGCAGCAGCUUUUAUGCAGAUUUCCAGCCUCUUAAUGCACCUGUGCGUAGUGUUUCCUGUGUAAAUCUUGGACCCCAUUCCCACCUUAGCUUCACAGUAUACGCGGCUCACAAUAUUCCAGAGACCUGGGUACUCAGCUAUAAAGCAUUUUCUUUUUCCUGUUGGCUUACAUAUGCUGGAAAGAAGCUGUGCCAAGUGAGAAACUGCAGAAAUAUUCCAGUCAAAAAAUUGUUUUUUUUCUUGGUCAACUGGAACGAAAUGAUCAACUUUCCUCUUGAAAUAAAGUCACUUCCAAGGGAAUCCAUGCUCACUAUAAAACUGUUUGGGAUUAACUGUGCAACCAACAAUGCAGAUUUAUUGGCCUGGACUUGUCUUCCACUGUUUCCAAAACACAAAUCCAUUCUCGGGUCUGUGCUAUUCAGCACAACAUUACAGAGUGAGCCUCCCAUAGAACUGAUAGCUCCAGGAGUGUGGGAUGUAAGUCAGCCAUCCCCAGUGACCCUGCAGAUCGAUUUUCCAGCUACUGAAUGGGAGUAUAUGAAACUUGAUUCCGAAGAGAACAGAAGUGAUCUUGAAGAACCACCAAAGGAGUGUCUAAAACAUAUUGCCAGACUUUCACAGAAACAAUCUCCCUUACUACUCUCCGAGGAAAAGAGAAGAUACUUAUGGUUUUAUCGCUUCUACUGCAAUAAUGAAAAUUGCUCCCUUCCUUUGGUCCUGGGUAGUGCCCCUGGAUGGGAUGAAAGAACUGUUUCAGAAAUGCAUACCAUUUUGAGAAGAUGGAAAAUUUCUCAUCCUUUGGAGGCACUUGGACUUUUGACUUCCAGUUUUCCAGACCAAGAAAUUCGUAAAGUGGCAGUUCAACAGUUAGACAACCUCUUGAAUGAUGAACUACUGGAAUAUCUCCCACAGCUAGUUCAGGCUGUCAAGUUUGAAUGGAACCUUGAAAGUCCUCUAGUGCAACUUCUUUUACACCGCUCACUGCAAAGCAUCCAGAUUGCCCAUCGUCUUUACUGGCUUCUAAAGGAUGCACAGAAUGAAGCUUAUUUUAAAAGCUGGUAUCAGAAGCUACUGGCUGCUCUCCAAUUCUGUGCAGGAAAAGCCUUGAGUGAUGAGUUUUCCAAGGAGAAGAAACUUAUCAAAAUUCUGGGAGAUAUUGGGGAAAAAGUCAAAUCUGCCAGUGACCCUCAACGACAGGAGGUACUGAAGAAAGAGCUUGGCAGACUAGAAGAAUUCUUUCAGUGUGCAAAUACCUGUCACCUCCCUCUGAACCCUGCCCUAUGCAUAAAGGGGAUUGAUGGCAAUGCAUGUUCGUAUUUCACAUCUAAUGCUUUGCCAUUGAAGAUUACUUUCAUUAAUGCUAAUCCAAUGGGCAAAAACAUCAGCGUCAUUUUUAAGGCUGGAGAUGAUCUUCGUCAGGAUAUGCUUGUUCUGCAGAUUAUUCAAGUGAUGGACAAUAUUUGGCUGCAGGAGGGCCUGGAUAUGCAAAUGAUCAUUUAUAGAUGUCUAUCCACAGGAAAAGGCCAAGGAUUGGUGCAGAUGGUGCCUGAUGCUGUAACCCUCGCAAAAAUCCAUCGCCAUUCUGGACUGAUAGGACCACUGAAAGAAAAUACAAUCAAAAAAUGGUUCAGUCAGCACAACCAUUUAAAGGUGGAUUAUGAAGAGGCCUUGAGGAACUUUUUCUAUUCCUGUGCUGGCUGGUGUGUGGUAACGUUCAUCCUGGGAGUCUGUGACCGACACAACGACAAUAUCAUGCUGACAAAGUCAGGCCACAUGUUUCAUAUUGACUUCGGAAAAUUCCUGGGUCAUGCACAAACAUUUGGAGGGAUAAAAAGGGACCGAGCCCCUUUUAUUUUUACUUCAGAGAUGGAGUACUUUAUUACAGAGGGAGGGAAAAACCCACAGCAUUUCCAAGAUUUUGUGGAGCUUUGCUGUCAAGCUUAUAAUAUUGUCAGAAGACACAGCCGCCUGCUCUUGAACCUGCUAGAAAUGAUGCUACAUGCAGGAUUGCCUGAGCUAAGUGGAAUCCAAGACCUGAAAUAUGUGUAUAAUAAUCUUCGUCCACAAGACACAGACCUGGAAGCGACAAGUCAUUUUACCAAGAAAAUAAAGGAAAGUCUGGAGUGUUUCCCUGUUAAAUUGAAUAACUUGAUCCACACACUGGCACAAAUGACAGCCAUAAGCCCUGCCAAGUCUACUUCACAGACUUUUUCCCAGGAAUCCUGUACACCGAGUGCAACCAGAUCAAUCCAAAGAGCGACAAUUUUAAGGUUCAGCAAGAAAACUAAUCAUCUGUAUCUAAUCCAGGUGACUCACAGUAACAACAAAAUAAGCCUGACAGAAAAAUCAUUUGACCAGUUUUCAAAACUUCACAGCCAACUUCAAAAGCAGUUUGCAUCAUUGGCGCUCCCAGAGUUUCCUCAUUGGUGGCACUUACCUUUUACAAAUUCAGAUCACAAAAGAUUCAGAGAUCUAACUCAUUACAUGGAACAGAUAUUAAAUGGACCGUAUGAAGUUGCAAACAGUGAUUGUGUACUUAGUUUUUUCCUCUCUGAGCCUAUGGAACAAACAAUGGAAAAGUCAUCACCUGUGGACCUUGGUGAGAAGUUUCCUGACACGAAGCCUAAGGUGCAGUUAGUCAUAUCAUACAAGGAUGCGAAGCUGACCAUACUUGUGAAGCACAUGAAAAACAUUCAUCUCCCAGAUGGCUCCGCGCCCAGCGCACAUGUUGAAUUUUAUCUUUUACCAUAUCCCAGUGAAGCUCAGAGGAGGAAAACAAAAUCUGUUCCAAAAUGUACCAACCCCACUUACAAUGAAAUUAUAUUGAAGAGGAAGAAAUAGAAACCAUGAACAGACCAAUCACAAGUACGGAAAUUGAGGCAGUGAUUAAAAAUCUCCCAACACACAAAAGCCCAGGACCAGAUGGGUUCACGGGCGAAUUCUAUCAAACAUUUCGAGAAGAGUUAACACCUAUCCUUCUCAAACUCUUCCAAAAUAUUGCAGAAGGCGGAACACUCCCAAACUCAUUCUGCGAGGCUACCAUCACCCUGAUACCAAAACCAGGCAAAGAUGUCACAAAAAAAGAAAACUACAGACCAAUAUCACUGAUGAAUAUAGAUGCAAAAAUCCUCAACAAAAUACUAGCUAACAGACUGCAACAGCACAUUAAAAAAAUCAUACACCAUGAUCAAGUGGGGUUUAUCCCUGGGACUCAUUAUUAAUUUUUAUUGGCGUAUAGUUGCUUUAUAUGUUGUAUUAGUUUCUGUUGUACAGAAAAAUGAGUCAGCUAUAUAUAUACAUAUAUCCCCUCUUUUUUGGAUUUCCUUCCCAUUUAAGUCACACAGAGCACUGAGUAGAGUUCCCUGUGCUAUACACUAGGUUCUCAUUCGUUAUCCAUUUUAUACAUGGUAGUGUAUAUGUAUUAGUCCCAAUCUCCCAAUUCAUCCCACCCCUCCUUCCAUCCUUGGUGUCCAUACAUUUGUUCUCUACAUCUGUGUCUCCAUUUCUGCUUUGCAAAUCAGUUAUCUAUACCAUUUUUCUAGAUUCCACAUAUAAGCAAUAUUAUACGGUAUUUGUUUUUCUCUUUCUGACUUAUUUCAUUGAGUUCUACCUUUUCUUAAUUCUCUUCUAUCUUUUCUAACCACUCUCAUUUUCCUUCAUUGCCAUUCUUCCUCUGAAAAUAUUUAUUUGCUGGAGUUCCAUGAUCUACUCUCAUCUCCUCUUGAUGUAUACACUCAAAAGUAUCUCACGUAUCCACAAAUUUUCAUUUAUCACCUACUUGUAGGCUGCAUCUGAGUUUAUUCCUCAAAGCCUGGCUUCUCUCCCAAGCUUUAAACCUGUACUUCUACCUGAUUUUUAAAGAGGCCCUUUAGGAUGCCUCCUAGACCCUUUUAAACCAGGCUUUCCUCCUCUGUUUGCCAAUUUGGAAGAUACUUUCUAAUGACAUCACCCUCUCCCUCACUCACAAGUCCAGUUAAUCCUCAAGACUUGUCAGUUCUACUUGGGCAGCUACCUGUCUCUUUAAUCCAUCUUCUCUGUGUCCCAUCCCUACUUCUUUGUUUGAAGGUCUUGUAUCUUUGGCUAAUAUAAUAGCCUCCUGUCUGCCUCCUAUCUUGUGUUUUUCAAUUAAAUCAUUCAAAUUUCUAUCUAAGGUAUCAAAAACUACUCAUAUUUAUUAUUCUCCUACAUAACUUUUUCCAAAUGUUCCUUACUGCCUACCUGAUAAUAUCCAGAAUCCUAAGUGUGGUAUUCACAGCCCUUCAAAUUUGACUCAAUAAUUUUUCUGAGUUGUCCUUGGAGCAAUAUCAUCCUCAUGUACUUUAUUUUUAUACUUUUAACAUAUUUUAUUAUGAUACAUUUCAAUUCUGUAUGUUUUAUAAAACACUAAUGUAAAACUUUAGAUAUUUACUUUUUUUUAAGCUGUUUAUUGGAAUAUAAUUGCUUCACACUCUUGUACCAGCUUUUGAGGUACACCAAAAUGAAUCAGCUGUAUUUAUACAUAUAUCCCCAUAUCCCUUCCCUCCCGAAACACCCUCCCACCCUCCCUGUCCUGGCCCUCUAAGGCAUCACCCAUCAUCAAGUUGAUCUCUCUUUGUUAUACAGCAACUUCCCGCUAGCUAUUUUAUAGUUGGUAGUUUAUAUAUGUCUAUGCUACUCUCUCACUUUGUCCCAGAUUCUCCUUUGCCCCCUGCCCCCUCAACCCCGUGUCCUCCAGUCUGUUCUCUGCAUCUGCAUCCUUAUUCUUGUCCUGUCACUGGGUUCAUCAGUACCAUUUUUUAAUUUAGAUUCCGUAUAUAUGAGUUAGCAUACAGUAUUUGUUUUUCUCUUUCUGGCUUACUUCACUCUGUAUGACAGACUCUAGGGCUAUCCAGCUCCAUUUCAUUCCUUUUUGUGGCUGAGUAAUAUUCCAUUGUAUAUAUGUGCCACAUCUUCUUUAUCCAUUCAUCUGUUGAUGGGCAUUUAGGUUGCUUCCAUGUCCUGGCUAUUGUAAAUAGUGCUGCAGCGAACAUUACGGUACUUGUUUCUUUUUGGAUUAUCAUCCUCAUAUACUUUUAAAAAAACUUUUUGUUUUGAGGUAAUUGUAGAUUCACAAGCAGUUGUAAGAAAUAAUAGAGAGAGAAUUCAAAUACCCUUCAACCACUUUCCUGCACUGGUAACACUUUGCCAGACUACUGACAAUAUCACAACCAGGAAAUUGACAUUGAUACAAUCCACUGACCUUAUUCAGAUUUCUCCAGUUUUACACAUGUUCUUUUGUAUAUGUUUGUAUGUAUGUGUGUGUGUGUGUGUUUAGUUCUGUGCAUUUGUAUCACAUGUAUAGGUUUGUGUGAUCACCAUCACAGUUAAGGUACAGAACGUUCCAUCGCAGUGAUUCCUGGUGCUACCCUAUUAUAGCCACAGACACUCUUCUAACGUCCCACCACCAAUCCCUGGCAACUCUUAAUAUGUUCUCUAUCUCUAUAAUUUUGUCAUUUCAAGUGUUAUAUAAAUGGAAUCAUACAGUUUGUAACAUUUUGAGGUUGGCUUUUUUCAUUCACUAGAGAUGUACCCAAGUAGCUGCAUGUAUCAAUACUUUGUUUUCAUUGCUGAGGAGCAGUCAUGGCAUAGAGGUAUAACUAUUUACCAAUUAAAGGACAUUUGGGUUAUUUCUGGCUUGGAGCUAUAGAAAACAAAGAUUGCUGUAUUUGUGUAAACAUAAGUUGUAAUUUCUCUAAGACAAAUGCUCAAGAUGUAAUUACUGGAUAUAUGGUAAUGCCAUAUAUAGUUUUUCAAGAAACUGUUAUACUCUUUUUCUAUACCAUUUUACACCCCCACCAGCAAUACUUGUGCUAGUUUCUCUACAUCUUUGCCAGCAUUUGGUGUUAUCACUAUUUUUAAUUUAUGAGGGUGAGUCAAAAAUUAUCCACACUCUGGCUGUAGAAUUUAUUUUAAUUAAGUUUUACAAAAGACAAAUACAUCAUUUUUCAACAUAAUCUCCUUGCUUUUCAAUACACUUUGUCCAUCUGCCAACAAGCCUUCAUAUUCCCUUAUUAAAAAAUGUUUUAGGGUGAGCUGCGAGCCACGAAUGCACUGCUGUCUUCACUUCUUCAUCAGAAGUGAAUCAUCAUCCUCGUUAAGGCUGCUUUCAGGGGACCAAACAGAUGGAGGUCCGACGGAGCAAGAUCAGGACUAUAGGGACGAUGCUGUAACACCUCAAAACAAAGUUUUCGCAGUGUCGACAGUGUGGGCAGAGGUGUGCAGAUAUGCACACCCUCAGACCACAAAAAGCAAAUCACUGCACACUGCUCUUCUUUCAUGCAAAUCACAAGUGGGGCAUCCAUUUUUGCUCAUACCACAGUCAUGAAUGAACUGAUGUAACAAGUUCACACCUACACAGGCAGUGACUGGGGAGACAGUAGCCUUGAACAGAAAGUGCUGAUAAGACAGUGUGACCAGCAGAAGUUUUACUAUAGCUGGAGUGCAGAUAAGUUUUGACUCACCCUUGUAGUUCUUUUGAAAGGCAUAGAGUGAUAGCUCACUGUGGUUUUCACUUGCAUUUAUAUAGUAGCUAAUGGUGCUGAAUUUCUUUUCAUGUGCUUAUUUACCAUCUGCAUAGCCUCUUUGGUGAAAUGUCUCUUUGUGUCUUUGUUCAUUUUCUCAUUAGAGAGUCUGCAUUUUUAUUCAUUUUUACUGUUGACUUUUGAGAUUCUUUAGAUAACUAUGGAUAAUAGUCCUUUGUCAGAUAUGUGGUUUGCAAAUAUUUUCUCCCAGCCUGAAGCUUGACUUUUGAUUCUUUUCUCAAGGUCUUUCACAAGUGUAAGUUUUUAAUUUUGAUGAGGUCCAGUUUAUCAAUUUUUUUCUUUUAUAGCCUGCACAUUUGGUGGCAAGUCUAAAAACGCCUCACCUAGCACUAAGUUCUAAAGAUUUUCUCAUUUUUUCUAAAUAUUUUACAGUUUUACAUUUUACAUAUAAAUCCAUUAUUCACUUUGAGUUGAUUUUUGAAUAAAGUAUAAGGUUUAGGUUGAAGUUCACUUUUUUGGCCUAUGAAUGCCAAUUAUUUCAGCACCACGUAUUGAAAAAGCAAUUCUUCCUACAUUAAAUGUCUUUUGCACCUUUGACAAAAAUAAGUCAGGAACAUUUGUUUGCUCAUGCCCUUCCAUUGCCCCAUACUUAGUCAUAUUCUCAAGUCACAUCAAAUAGCUUGUCAUUCCCUGAAUAAUCCCUAUGACCCCUGUGAUGGAGCUCUUGUAGCCACUCACCCUCCUGCCCUUCUCUGCCAGCUUUGAGGCUUACCUCAAAUAUGGACUCUGUGAACCACUCUUUCCUCCCUGACUGUUACACCACACUUACCAUCUCUUGCUUAGUCCUACAGAGGUUUUUUUUUUUUCUUCUAGUACAAUGAAAAGUUCUCGAGGACAAGGAAAAUGUCUUAUCUUUCUUAGUAUCUUUGAAACUUAGCUACUUCUAAAAAGAUUUGUGGAAUUAAAUAUUUGGGGUAAUUUUAUAAGUGACACUUUAUGUGUAUGUGUAUAAAAUGUAAAACUAGCAAACAUUCACAUAUAUUCAAUUAUAUAUAUAAUUUAGUAAUGAAAGAUAUUUUGACAUUUUAUUACUUGUCAUGAUGUCAACAGCUAGAGGUGUAUACCUCCCAACUAUAUAUCCCUUGAUUCCACACUUUCUGGGUAUAAGACCCCCUACAUCAGUAUCAAGAAACUUCUCAGACUCAAUGCAGUACUUCAGCAUUUGUAAUAUAGGGAAACAUAUAAUGACAAAAAGCCGCUAAUGAUUCAGGAGUUUAAAUAAAUUUGUGUUUUAUUUAUUUCAAGCUACAUAUACUAUAAAAGAGUAGUAAAUUCACAUGCAUGGAGAUUAUUUUAUAAUGCUUGCUGUGUCCAUAAAUUUUCUGAUGGGUUGCAAUAAUUCUGAGUCCUCACACAUUCGUGGCCCAUUGAUUAGAAAUCACUGUGAUACUUUCUCCAUCAGCCCAUACUUGUAGCUUGGACACACGCUGUUUAUACUUGGAACACAUUUAAAAGCUGUUUCAAAAACAAUAGUCCAUAAUCCAUAGUCUAUGCACAGCAAACUCCAAUUUAUACAUAAUCCAAAUGAGCAGACAUGUGAAUUAAUGUACGGAUAAGUGACUACUUUAAUAGUACUGAUCAUCAUAUAAACAAAUUUGUCAGGAAAACUGGCUGAAUUUAGAAAACCAUGAGAAGAAAGACUACUGUAUUUUAAUUUUUCUCCCAUUUUUUGUGUCUGUAUCAAUACAAGAAUAUUUAUAAGAAAUGCCCCAAAAAAGUGCACUGGCUCUAACUGUGGUUUUACUUUCUCUCCCCCUCAGCUGUGAUACAGGCCCCCAUCCUGUGCCAAAUCCUUCAGUUAUUUCUGUGCGUUCUUAGCAACACCUUAUACAGUCGUCCCUCGACCCUACAUAUCUUCAGGGGCAUUGGUUCCAGGACCCCCGAGGAAACCAAAUGCUCGAGUGCCCAAGUCCUUUAUGUAAAAUGCAUAAUAUUGGCAUAUAACCUACGCACAUCCUCCCAUUUACUUUAAAUCAUCUCUAGAUUACUCAUAACACUUGGUACAAGGUAAACGCUAUAUAAAUGGUUGCUGAUGUGCAGCGAAUUCAACUUUUGCUUCUCUUGAACUUUCUGGAAUUUCUUUUCCCUGAGUAUUUUUGACUUGUGGUUGAUUGAAUCCGUGACUGCAGAACCCAGGAAUACAGAGGGCCAACUGUGUGUGCUCUCUAGGGAGCCCAGUAAGUUCUCACCGGCAUCUACCUUGCUUUUCCCUUCUCUCUGUGCUUUGCUUACUGAGUACUGUGACAUCAGCCACUUUGGGAUUUCUUGAGCCGCUGAAGCUAGGCAAUGGUCUGGGAAGUGGGAGAGAAUGCCUUCACUCCCCUCCUUAUAUAAAUCUCUUAGAGGAAUACAAAGGGAAUAUUAUAUUGCGUCACCUUAAAAAGCUCUUCAUGAAAAUAGCGCUUUCAAUUGUUAUUCAUAACCCUCCUUCUCCCUGAUACUCAAACCUGAGAGAGGCUGGGUCAGAACCACUGCCAAGGGUCCCUUUAGUAUCCACCCUUCAGAUACUAAAGCUUUGACACGGGGCCAAGCUUGUCACCUUGACACUCCCCAGAGUGAUUUCCAACAGGAGUGCUGGCAGUCUUCCUGAAAACCCCUCUCACGUACAAAUCCCUAUGGUAGACAUCACUGGGCUUAG